AUGUCUGUUUAUAAUGGCUUUGCAAAGCAGCAAGUGCAAAAAUAGUACAACAAUGCACUUUACAACGUGAUAUAUCUGCUUUAAUUAAAAGUAUUAAAAUCUUACACAAACGAGAGAUUUGACGAUGAAUUAUUUAAAGCAUACUUUUCGAAAUUAUUUGCAAAGGUAAUUAAAAUGGAUCAAUACAAAUUCAAGCCUCCCUAUUAUUCAGAAUCAAUGAAAGAUCUAUUCAUGCAUAUCAAUAAUGUACUGCCCAAAUAGUCUCAACCUGCAUUCAAAUCCUCUAAAACAAUGAGUGGGAAGCCUUCAUCUUCUAUGCAGAGAGACGAUAGUAGCUCCUUGAGAGAUCACAAUAGCAGUACAUACUUUGAUGAUAGAGCCUCAGAUUAACUCAAUAAUCUCAACAUUUCAAAUAAUUUUGGUAUGAGAUCUGAGUCAAGUCAUAGCAGAUUAACUCUAGCGAAAAGCUAAAAACCAAAUAUUUCAAUGUUGAAUUAACAAGAUAUGAUACCCCCUGAAGAUCUGUUUUAAGAUCCUGGAAUAAAGCAAUCCUGA